AUGACGACCGUCAUCCGAACCCGUCAACCGCUACAAGUAAUUAGCAUGAGCAACGAGCAUCCCGAAAGAAGGAAAAGCAAGCGCCUUGCGGGCGCAGCGACUUUUGACGAGCAUGAUGGCGACUUCCACUUCACGCGCGGGUCGAAAACAAAACGAGUUAAGAACGUGGAGAGCGACCCGGAACCCGAGCCCGUGCCACUGCCCCCGAAAAAGUCUGGGAGAGGCAGACCGCCAAAAGAUCGUACUUCUGCGGCAGCACCGGCAUCCGCACCAGCGCCAGAGCCAGCGGCCAAGAAAGCAGCAAACUCAUCAAAACCAAAGCCAAGAACGCGACGAACAGCGAGCUUAGAGGCCACGAAUGAUGAUGAGCCGCAAUUGGUUGCCCCCGCGCCCAAGCGGACGACGCGCCGAAGUACGCGCAAUUCGAUAAACUCGACAGAAAAAACUGUGAACGAGAAACCAGUGCCCAGGCGAGCGUCCAGACCAGCACCGGUCCCGGAAGAGAUACGUGAGGAAGCAGAAAGCUCAGAGCCCAUGGACGUCGAAAGGCAAUCAACCCCGCGCGUCGCAAAUGAUUCAGUUGAAUCUGCGAAAAUCGCGCUUCCCGUCAGCGACACACCGGUGAUUAAUCGCAACAAGGAGAUGCGGAAAAAAGGAGGAGGCAACCGAAGGAGUAGUACGGGCAUGCGAGGCCGGAGAGCAAGUUCACUGAUUGAGAGCGGUCACAAUGCGAUUCCUCACCGGGAGGUUGAGACAUCUGAGUUUUACAAACACAUCGAAUCUGAGGGUCUCAUGGAGCCACGGCGGAUGAAGCAGCUGUUGACGUGGUGCGGCGAGCGAGCGUUAUCCGAGAAGCCCCCUCACGGCAAAACAGAUUCCAACACGGUCUUAGGUGCGCGGUAUAUACAAGAACAGCUUUUAAAGGACUUCUCGACCAAGUCAGAGUUUUCAGACUGGUUCAGUCGAGAAGAGGGGCCAAAGGUACCAGUGGUGUACAAGCCCAACCCACGCAAUAUUGAGCAUCAGCAGAAGAUUGAACAGCUAGAGGAAAAAGUCAAAAGAUUGAAAGAAGAAAAGAAAAAGUGGUUGGCGCUGAAGAAGUCCCGCACGGAAGCCCCGCCAAUAUUUCCAGAAGCAGAAUCAGCGCAAACAGCAAUGGCUGAUGCAUCCGUGCUCGAACCCAACGAAGCGCAGAUGCUCAGUUGGCUUACGGACCCGGCCUCAUCAUUCGACUCCAUGCGCGCCAAGGCCCUCUCGCGCCUCCAGAAUACCCAGUCGACGCUGGAGUUUAGAGUGGACCAACUCGCGGACGGCAUACAUAAGCUGUUGCAGCGGGUCGACAUUGCGGGUCGAGAGGCGGACAAGGUGCUCUCUCUGAGUGCCGCCCGGCUGAAAGAACGAGAAAUGCGAGAGAAGGCCAGUGCCGGUACCAAGGAAAUGCCUGUCAUGGAGGUACUCCGCAGUCUGGGAAGAAUACUACCGGAAGACGGCGGCUGA